AUGGGCUUAGGAAAGCACAGCACCAUCAGGGAAUUCAUCCUCUUUAGACUGUCUGCCGACCCCCACAUCCAGGUUAUGCUCUUUGUGCUUUUCUUCGGGAUUUAUCUCCUGACCAUCAUGGGGAAUCUGAUGAUGAUGGUGAUCAGAAUUGAUUCUCACCUCCACUCAUCCAUGCACUUCUUCCUCAGUCACCUCUCUUUCCUGGAUCUUUGUUUAACUUCAGUCAUUGUGCCCAAGAAGCUGGAGAAUCUCCUGUCUCAAAAGAAAUAAAUCUCAGUAGAAGGCUCCCUUGCUCAGGCUUUUUUUGUGUUUUCAGUUGCAGGGACUGAAGCCUUUGUCCUCUCUGCCAUGGCCUAUGACCGCUGCACUGCCAUCUGCUACCAACUGCUCUAUGACCAAGUGAUGAGUCAACACUCGUGUGGGGGUCUGAUAUGGAUCUCCUGGGGACUGGGCUCUCUGGAUGCUCUCAUUAACACCCUCAUGACUUGGUAUUUGGAGUUCUGUGAGGCUCAUAUCCUGCCUCACUUCAGCUGUGAGCUGCCAUCUCUAUUCCCUCUAUCUUGCUCUGGUAUCUCCACCAGCUUUGCAGUCCUGGUGUGCUCUGCCAUUGUGCAUGCCUCUGGAACCUUACUCCUGGUCUUCUUAUCAUAUGCCCACAUUGUCUCCACCAUCCUGAGCAUCAGCUCCACCAUAAGCAGAAGCAAGGCCUUCUCCACCUGCUCCUCCCACCUCACCGCAGUGAGCUUCUUCUACAGAUCUGCUUUUCUUCUCUAUCUCAUGCCAACCUUAAGUUCCCCACUGAAGUUGAUUUUUUCCAUGCAGUACAGUGUGGUCACUCCCCUAAUGAAUCCCCUUGUCCACAGCUUGAAGAGCAAGGAAGUAAAAGCAGCUCUGAGAAGAAUGUUGCAAAGAGGAUUACAGCAUCUUAGAUAG